CUCAUCUUUGUCCAAUAAAGCUCAUUAAGCUUUGCGCAUUUGUGACAACUUGCUUGAAACACCUUUAGCUUAUAAAUCAUAAAAACCCUUCAUUCUCGCAAAUAAAUAUCAUUUUCAUCAUUUGUUUUAACCAUGUCCCAAUUAAGUCAGUCUAGUAUUGAUUUCGGAUUGAAUUUCUUAAAACGAAUUAGUUCUCAAUGUGAUUCAAAAAAUGUACUUUUAUCGCCGUUAAGUGUUAUUACUGCCUAUUGUAUGGUAUUGGAUGGAGCCGCUGGUAAAACAGAGCAACAGAUCAAAAAGGUUCUCAAUUUGGAUAAAAUAAAUGACCAAUCGGAAGAUAUUUCUCAAUUAAUCAAACAGGUUAUUGAAAGCUAUCGGAUACCUGCAACUGCUGGAUCGAGACAAAAAUUCAUUCUAAACUUUGGUAAUUUACUUAUGGCCAAUAAAGAUGAAAAGUUUCAGGAAGCUUAUGUUCAAAGUCUGAAGACAAAUUAUUUUGCUGACGCAUUUAAUGAGGAUUUUACCGAUGGCCGAAAAAUAGUGGAAAAAGUGAAUUCCUGGGUUUCUAAUAAUACAGAAAAAAAGAUCACUUCUAUUCUAAAUGAGGCUCCAGAUUCACUUGAUGGUCUGUUUCUAGUGAACACAAUCUAUUUCGAAGGGGAAUGGUUGAAGUCUUUCUCUAAAAAGCGUACAAGAAAUAAAAUAUUUAACAAUUCAGAUGGAACGACAGUCAAAACCAAGAUGAUGACCCUUAUAGAUGAAAGACUUAACUAUGUUGACCGACUUGAUAAGCAAUUAAAGAUUGUCGAGCUUCCAUAUGUUGGAAAUAUUAGCAUGAUAUUGAUCCUUCCAACUGAAGACAACAAUUUAAAAAAUUUGAUUGAUAAUUUGCACUCAACUGAGCUUUCCAGUUUGAUGGAUUCUAUGAAAAAGACGCGUUUGAAUAACUUAACUAUACCGAAAUUCAAACUGGAAGAUGAUCAUGAAUUACAUAAAAUUUUGCCAAGCAUGGGAAUGACUAGACCGUUCCAAAUGAAUGCUGAAUUUCCAAAAAUUACUGAAGGAUCUUUACCAUCAUACAUAUCACAAUCAAUACAAAAAGCUGUGAUUGAAGUAUUUGAAGAAGGUACUAUAGCGUCAGUCUCAACUGCACUUAGACGCAGUACAGGAGGUGUUUCACCCAAAAGAAUCACAUUUAUAGCUGAUCGACCUUUUAUGUUCUUUAUUCGUGAUAACAAAAGUGGAGUCAAUCUAUUCAUGGGUCAAUUGAGUAACAUUACCCGUGAACAGUUUCUUUCCUUUUUACCCUUCACUUCAGGCGAGUCAUUAGAGUUAGAGAUACGUCGGUUACAGGCUAGUUUGUUUGUUUUAACCAUGUCCCAACUAAGUAAACCUAGUAUUGAUUUUGGUUUGAAUUUCUUGAAACAAAUUAGUUCUCAAUGUGAUUCAACAAAUGUAAUUUUAUCGCCUUUAAGUGUUAUCAUUGCCUAUUGUAUGGCAUUGGAUGGAGCCGCUGGUGAAACAGAGCAACAGAUCAAAGAGGUUCUCAACUUGGAUAAAAUAAAUGACCAAUCUGAAGAUAUUUCUGGAUUAAUCAAACAGGUUAUUGAAAGCUAUCGGCUACCUGCAACUGAUCGAUCGAAACAAGAAUUCAUUCUAGAGUUUGGUAAUUUACUCAUGGCCAAUAAAGAUUACAAGUUUCAGGAAGCUUAUGUUCAAAGUCUGAAGAUUAAUUAUUUCGCUGACGCAUUUAAUGAGGAUUUUACUGAUGGCCAACAAAUAGUGGAAAAAGUCAAUUCGUGGGUUUCUAAAAAUACAAAAAAUAAGAUCACUUCUAUUCUCGAUAAGCCUCCAAGUCCACUUGAUGUUCUGUUGCUAGUGAACACAAUCUAUUUCGAAGGAAAAUGGUUGAAGCCUUUCUCUCAAAAGCUUACAAAAGAUGAUAUAUUCCACAAUUCGGAUGGAAAGACAGUCAAGACCAAGAUGAUGACCCUGUCAGAUGGAUGCUUCAACUAUGUUGACCGACAUGAUAAACAAUUAAAGAUUGUCGAGCUUCCAUAUGUUGGAAAUAUUAGCAUAAUAUUGAUUCUUCCAACUGGUGACAACAAUAUAAAAAAUUUGAUUGAUAAUUUGGACUCAACUGAGCUUUCCAGUUUGAUGGAGUCCAUGAGAGAUACGCAUUUGGAUACUUUAAUUAUACCGAAAUUCAAACUGGAAGAUAUUCAUCAACUACACAACAUUUUACCAAGAAUGGGAAUGACUCGACCAUUCGAAAUCAAUGCUGAAUUUCCAAAAAUUACUGAAGAUACUUCUUCACCAUUAUAAUACAUAUCAAAAUCAAUACAAAAGGCUGUGAUUGAAGUGUGCGAAGAAGGUACCAUAGCGUCAGCGGCAACUGUAGUUGAAAGACUCUUUAUGCUAGCUUGUACAGGAGGUGUUUCACGCGAAAGAAUCACAUUUAUAGCUGAUCGACCUUUUAUGUUCUUUAUUCGUGAUAACAAAAGUGGAGUCAAUCUUUUCAUGGGUCAAUUGAAUAACAUGACCCACCAACAGUUUCUUUGA